AUGGUUGAUGUCCACCAGCCACUGCCCCUCCGUCGUAAAGCUGGAAUCCACUGCUGUCGACGAAGACAGACCAUUGAGGAACACAUCAUGGCUGCUGCUGCUGUUGUGCUCAGUCACGCAGCGCUUCCUCCCUUUGACUCGCUGUUUACCACGCCACCAGCAUCAUCGGCCGAUAACUUUGCAAUAGCUAGUGUCGUCUGUUGGCGCCGCUGUUGUUGCGGUGAUGUCUUACCGACCGUUCGAUAUCUCUCCGCCGUCACCCUCCUCCAAGAAUUUAGUACAUCAUCUUGGGGGUUGUAUGGGCGAUUUUUAGCCAAAAAACUCACCACCAUCACCACCGUGAGGUGGUGGCUACCACCGUUUUGCCGCCAUUAG